AUGAAGCAACAAUAUUGCUUCUUGUCUUUGUUGAUGCCUCGCCCUAAAGCUCCUGAAAAUGAUAUUGAUGUGUACUUAGAACAUUUGGUGGAUGAGUUGCAAGAAUUGUGGUAUAAUGGAGCCGAUACAUAUGAUGCUUCAAGAAAGGAGAACUUUUGUAUGCGGGCAGCACUCUUAUGGACUAUAAAUGAUUUUCCAGCUUAUGCCUACUUGUCUGGAUGUAGCAUAAAGGGAGCUUUGGCUUGCCCUUCAUGCAACAAAAAGACUUUGUCUACUCGAUUAACGUAUGGUCGUAAGUUCUCUUACAUAGGUGCUCGUAGGUUUUUAUUGCCUAAUCAUAGGUGGCAGGGAAAUAAACGUUAUUUUAGUGGGGAAGUAGAAAGAAGACAUGCUCCAAAAAUUCUCUCUGGAGAUGAUAUUUUAAACCAGUUGGAUAGCUUGGAAGACAUUAAAUUUGAUGGAUAUUCUUCCAAUUUAUCACGAUGUGUAAAGUUAGAGGAUCGUAAAAUUUAUGGACUGAAGAGCCAUGACUCUCACAUUCUUUUGGAACAACUGCUUCCUUUUGCAAUCCGCGGAAUCCUGCCAAACCAUGUCUAUGCUGCUAUUACCGAGCUAAGCAUUUUCUUCAGAGAGUUAUGUUCAAAAAAUGUACGAGUUGAUGUGUUACUUGCAACUCAAAUUUCAAUUACGUUGAGCAAAAUAGAAAAAAUAUUUUUGCCAACAUUCUUUGAUAUUAUGGUGCACUUGGUCAUUCAUCUUCCACAAGAGCCCAAGAUUGUUGGACCUGUACAAUACAGAUGGAUGUACCCAAUAAAGCGAUUCUUGCGCAAAUUGAAAUGUUAUGUUCGUAAUAGAUGUCGACCUGAAGGAUUUAUUGCAGAAGCGUAUAUUGUUGAAGAAAGUUUAAUAUUUUGUUCAAGGUAUUUACAUGGAAGUGAGAGAGGGUAUAAUCCAGUGGACAAAAAUUAUGAAGGUGGUCAUGCUGAGUCAUGCAAUGGAUUAUCAAUAUUUGAGCAAAAGAGUUGCCCUUUAUUAAGCGAUACAUCUAGAACUCUUGAAGAGGUUGAACGAAAACAAGCUCAUCUUUAUGUUUUGAGAAAUUGUGAAGAAGUUCAACCAUUUCUCGAUCGUGCAAAUGCGCAAGAAAAAAAUUCACAUGCAAGUUGCGGGUUGUAUUCUUUGGCUAGAGGUCCUUUUGAUGGAGUCCAAAGAUUCAAAAGGUAUGAAAUAAAUGGUUUUAGGUUUCAUACUAAACAAUUGGAAGGAAAUAGAGUGAAGCAAAAUAGUGGUGUUUUAGUACAAGGAAUAAUGAAUGGUCAAAAUAUAGAUUAUUAUGAUGUUCUGACUGAAAUAGUAGAACUUCAAUACCCUGAAGGCAACCGAAUUGUUUUAUCUAAAUGUGAUUGGAUGGAUGUCGAUCACAUUGGGAAAGGAGUGAAGAUAGAUAAACAUAGCGUUGUUAGUAUUAAUACUAAUCGAAAGCUAGUAACAAAUGAACCAUUUGUACUUGCAUCUCAAGUAGAACAAGUUUUUUAUGUCAAGAAUAAUCUUCAUCCGAAUUGGUCCAUUGUCUUGAAUGGUCAUUCUACUUAUUUUACGGGUGGUGUUGUCAGUGAAAAAACUUUUCAACAAGAUGCUCAAGAUUUCUCAUGUACAUUUGAGAAAGAUGAAGACUUUAUAAAUUGGAGAAGAAAUGAUCUCGAUGUUAUCAGUACUGAUGUUACCUUAGCUGAUGAUAUUAUUGAAGACAUCGAAUCAGACAUGAAACUGAUGAUGAAGAUUUGUUACUAUAAAUAUUUAGAAGUUUUAGAUGCAUAUUUGGUUACACUCAAUUAA